AUGAAGCUCUGGCUCCUUUCCUCAGCCCCUUGGCCUCUCCUAUCCUCCAACUCUGGUCCCCAGCAGGCUGCUGAAGCCCAGAGGCCACCAUCUCCCUGCAUCCUGAGUGAUGCUCAGUUAGAAGCCUGUGUUAGAGUUUCCCUCGAGGUUUACAGGGCACUGGCCCACCUUCUAAAGACCUUGGCCACAGAUGAAAUGCACACACACACACACACACACACACACACACACACACCACCUGUUGCAUGUUCAUUGCUAGAGUACUUGACUGACUCAUGUGUGCCUAGUUUCCUCUCAUAUCCUGCCCCAUCUUCACCACUCUGGCUCAUGUGA